AUGUAUAUGCCAGUAAGAAAAUGGGCUGCAGAGUUUGUAUCGCAAUUUGACCAGUUCAGCGGCAGCAAGCAUUUUGUGGAGUACUGUGGCAUGAGGAGAGACGAAUCCCGGCGAGCAUGUGCAAAUAGAUUCAUCACGAUUGCACCUCAAUUAAUGGCCCAGUCAUUAUCUCUCUUCCUAGUCAAAUCGGUUAAACUGACAGCGAAAGGGUCGGGCAGUGGAGAAUAUCGAAAGUCUUUCCGAAGCCAAAAUCCAAAGUCUUCAUAA